AUGGGUAUUAAUGUUCAAAGAGAACGUAUUCGAGCCAGUAUUUCACGAGUUGAUCCGAUCAGCUGCCGUUUGAGAUGGGCAACAGUGGUUUCUAGAAGAGCUUAUUCAGUGCCAGGCCCUAACAGUUUAUGGCAUAUUGACGGCCAUCACAGUUCGAUUAUGUGGGGUUUCAUUAUACAUGGUUGUAUAUAUGGCUAUUCCUGUUUAAUAUGUUUUUUGAAGUGUUCUACAAACAACAGAAAAGAGACCGUUGAAGAUCUUUUUCUGCAGAGUGUUGAAAAGUAUUCGUGGCCUUCUAGAAUACAAAAAAAAACUGACCAUGAAGGAGAAAACGUGUUAGUAUGGGAACGCAUGAUUGGAUUUCGAGGCCAUAAUCAUGGAUCCACACUUAUGAGAACUUCUACUUGUAACCAGAGAAUAGAGCAUUUAUGGCGAGACAUGUAUUGAUGUUUCGGUAAUGUGUUUUACUACACUUUCAAAUCCAUGGAGGAAUCUGGUUUGCUUGAUGUCACCAACCCCCUACAUUUGUUUGUUCUUCAUUAUGUCUACUUGCCCAGAAUUAAUGCUGCAAUUGAUAGUUUUGUUGAGGCCUGGAAUAAGCACUCCAUGAGAACUGAAAGAAAUUGGAGUCCAGAACAAAUCUGGUCCAAUGGAAUGAUAGACAGAGUCAAUGGAAGACUUGCUGCAGUAGCUGAUGUAAGAAGUGAUGCUAACAUCAGUGGGCAUGAGCAUGAGUGGUUUGGUUUUGACCCUGAUGCACCACCACCACCUGAUGAUAGUCUGUCCACUGUUGAAGUCAAUGAAGUGAAUUUAGAUUUACCAGAUAACAUUAUCUCUAAGCUGUCAAACGAGAUCAACCCAUUUGAGAAUUCCAGUGCUUUUGCCCUAGAUAUAUUCCAGAGGGCACUUGAAUUUCUAGCAAACUUGCUUUCCAAUCAUAGUUCUCAAUGA